CCGCCGUCCGGCCCUGCUCGGCCUCCGCGAGUUUCCCAGAACCGCGCGCUGAGCUUGCUGGCCGGCAGGGCUGUCCCCGGAGCGGGCGCGGGUCCCGGACCCAGGAGGAGGAGCGCGCGGAGGCGCUCGGGUCCCGGCAGACCGACCAGCCGCGGUGCCUGGCCGCCGCGCGCGGCACGUGCGGCCACCCGCCCUGUGAGCCAUGGCGCGCCAGCCCCGGACGCCCCGCGCCGCCCCUUAGUGCCGCGGCUGCCCAGAGACCCUGGGCGGACCCCGCGGGCCCUCCGGGCAUGGAGCCGCACGUGCUCGGCGCGGUGCUCUACUGGUUGCUGCUGCCUUUCUCUCUUUUGGCCGCCUGCCUCCUCCGCUACAAUGCGCUCUCGCUGGUCUACCUGCUAUUCCUGCUGCUGCUGCCCUGGUUCGCGGGCCCCUCCCGGCAAAGCAUCCAAGGUCACACUGGCCGCCUCCUCCGAGCCCUGUUGUGCUUCAGCCUCCUCUUCCUGGCAGCUCACCUCACCUUCCAGAUAUGCCUACACACCGUGCCUGGCCUGGACCAACUUCUGGGCUCGAACUGCAGCCACUGGGAGAACCUCUCCCGACUUGUGGGAGUCACGAGGCUGGACCUGAAGGACAUCCCCAAUGCCGUGCGGCUGGUGGCCCCCGAUCUGGGCAUCCUGGUGGUCUCUGCCGUGUGCCUUGGCCUCUGUGGGCGCCUCACACGGGAAACCCGGCAGAGCCACUGCACCCGAGAGCCGGACGAUGAUGACAGGGAAGUGGACACUGGCUCCCCAGUGGGGCUGCAGGGAGCCCCUGCGCUGGCCCCCAAGCGGAGGGCGCGGCUGGCCACCCGGUUCCGGAUCACAGCUCACUGGCUGCUAGUGGCCGCCGGGCGGACCCUGGCCAUAGUGCUGCUCGCGCUGGCAGGCAUCGCUCACCCCUCAGCCUUCUCCAGCGUCUACUUCCUGGUCUUCCUGGCCAUCUGCACCUGGUGGGCCUGCCACUUUCCCAUCAGCCCCGUGGGUUUCAGCGUACUGUGUGUCAUGGUGGGAUGCUUUGGCGCUGGCCAUCUCAUCUGUCUCUACUGCUACCAGAUGCCCUUCGCCCAGGACGUGCUCCCACCUGCCAGCAUCUGGGCCAGGGUUUUUGGUCUUAAGGAUUUCGUGACCCGCACCAACUGCUCCAGUUCCAAUGCACUGGUCCUUAACACCAGCCACGACUGGCCUGUGUACGUGGGGCCUGGCAUCCUGCUGCUCCUGUACUACACCGUGACCUCUCUCCUGAAGCUCCGCACACACCACCCGCCCGACCAGAUAAAGGAGGCGGCGGGGGGUGACCAGGAGAGGGAGGUGGAACUGAUGGAAGUGGACCAGUGGCCCCAGGACCAAGCCAAGGCUGCAGCCACCAAGGAGGAGGGCGCUGCCCAGCCCAUGACACCCAUGCCCCUUGGGCUUGACCCUGAAGCUGACAACUGCAUCGUGCAUGACCUGAGCAGCCACAGCCCCGUCCAGCAGCGCCCUGUGCACCCCAGGUUGGCUAGGCCAAGAGAGACGUCUCCACUGCAUGGCCUGGGCCACCUCAUCAUGGACCAGAGCUAUGUGUGUGCCCUCAUCGCCAUGAUGGUGUGGAGCAUCACCUACCACAGCUGGCUGACUUUUGUGCUGCUGCUCUGGGCCUGCCUCAUCUGGACUGUGCGCAGCCGCCACCAGCUGGCCAUGCUGUGUUCGCCCUUCAUCCUGCUCUACGGGCUGGCCCUGUGCGGCCUGCGCUAUGUGUGGGCCAUGGACCUGCAUUCUGAGCUGCCCACCACCCUGGGUCCUGUCAGCCUGCGCCAGCUGGGGCUGGAGCACACCCGCUACCCGUGCCUGGACCUGGGUGCCAUGUUGCUGUACACCCUGACCUUCUGGCUCCUGCUGCGCCAAUUUGUCAAAGAGAAGCUACUGAGGAAGAAGAAGGUGCCGUCUGCACUGAUGGAGGUCACCGUGGCAGACACAGAGCCCACGAGGACGCGGACGCUGCUCCGGAGCCUGGAGGAGCUGAUCACGGGCCUCCACGCCAAGUACUGGAUCUACGUGUGCGCCGGCAUGUUCAUCGUGGUCAGCUUUGCCGGCCGCCUGGUUGUCUACAAGAUCGUCUACAUGUUCCUCUUCUUGCUGUGCCUCACCCUCUUCCAGGUCUACUACAGCCUGUGGAGGAAACUGCUCAAGGUGUUCUGGUGGCUGGUGGUGGCCUACACCAUGCUGGUGCUCAUCGCCGUCUACACCUUCCAGUUCCAGGACUUCCCCAUGUACUGGCGCAACCUGACUGGCUUCACUGACGAGCAGCUCGGAGACCUGGGCCUGGAGCAGUUCAGCGUGUCCGAGCUCUUCUCCAGCAUCCUCAUCCCUGGCUUCUUCCUGCUCGCCUGCAUCCUGCAGCUGCACUACUUCCACCGGCCCUUCAUGCAGCUCACCGACCUGGAGCACAUCCCCCUGCCUGGCGCCAGCCGCCUGCGCUGCACUCACAGGCAGGAUGCAAUGAGCGAGACCCCACUAUUACAGCAGCAGCAGGAGGAGGCCCCCAGGGACGAGGGGCCGAACACCGCUGGCCGCCACCAGGCCACACAGGCCCCGGAAGCCAACAAGUGGGGCCUGGUGGCCGAACGACUGCUGGACCUGUCUGCCAGUUUCUCGAACGUCCUCACCCGCGUGCAGGUGUUUGUGCAGCGUCUGCUGGAACUACACAUCUUCAAGCUGGUAGCCCUGUACACCGUCUGGGUGGCCCUAAACGAGGUGUCUGUGAUGAACCUCCUGCUGGUCGUGCUCUGGGCCUUCGCCCUGCCUUACCCUCGUUUCCGGCCCAUGGCCUCCUGCCUGUCCACCGUAUGGACCUGCAUCAUCAUCGUGUGCAAGAUGCUCUACCAGCUUAAGAUCGUCAGCCCCAGCGAGUACUCCAGCAACUGCACUGAGCCCCUCCCCAAUAGCACCAACCUACAGAAGACGGAGAUCAACCAGUCUUUGCUGUACCGAGGGCCUAUCGACCCAGCCAACUGGUUUGGCGUGCGGAAGGGCUUCCCAAACCUAGGCUACAUCCAGAACCACCUGCAAAUCCUGCUGCUGCUGGUGUUCGAGGCCAUUGUGUACCGGCGCCAAGAACACCACCGCCGGCAGCACCAGCUGGCCCCACUGCCCGCCCAGGCCGUCUGCAUCGAUGGCACCCGCCAGCAGCUGGACCAGGACCUGCUCAGCUGCAUCAAGUACUUCGUCAACUUCUUCUUCUACAAAUUUGGGCUGGAGAUCUGCUUCCUGAUGGCCGUGAAUGUGAUUGGGCAGCGAAUGAACUUCAUGGUCAUCCUGCAUGGCUGCUGGCUGGUGGCCAUCCUCACCCGCCGGCACCGCAGGACCAUCGCCCAUCUCUGGCCCAAGUACUGCCUCUUCCUGACGCUCUUCCUGCUUUAUCAGUACCUGCUAUGCCUGGGCAUCCCCCCAGCCCUGUGCAUCGACUAUCCGUGGCGCUGGAGCCAGGCCAUCCCCAUGAACUCAGCACUCAUCAAGUGGCUGUACCUACCUGACUUCUUCAGGACCCCCAACUCUACCAACCUCAUCAGUGACUUCCUCCUGCUGCUCUGCGCCUCCCAGCAGUGGCAGGUGUUCACGGCUGAACGGACGGAGGAAUGGCAGCACAUGGCUGGCGUCAACACCGACCACCUGGAGACAGUGCUGAGGGAACCCAACCCCGUGCCCAACUUCAUCCACUGCAGGUCCUACCUCGACAUGCUGAAAGUGGCCGUCUUCCGCUACCUCUUCUGGCUGGUGCUGGUGGUGGUGUUCGUCACUGGGGCCACGCGUAUCAGUGUCUUCGGGCUGGGCUACCUGCUGGCCUGUUUCUACCUGCUGCUCUUCGGCACCUCUCUGCUACAGAAGGACACGCGUACCCGCCUCGUGCUGUGGGACUGCCUCAUCCUUUACAACGUCACUGUCAUCAUCUCCAAGAACAUGCUCUCGCUCCUGUCCUGUGUUUUUGUGGAGCAAAUGCAGAGCAGCUUCUGCUGGGUCAUCCAGCUCUUCAGCCUCGUGUGCACAGUCAAAGGCUACUAUGACCCCAAGGAAAUGCUGGGCAAGGGCAAGGACCAGGACUGCCUGCUGCCCGUGGAGGAGGCUGGCAUCCUCUGGGACAGCGUUUGUUUCCUGUUCCUGCUGCUACAGCGUCGCGUCUUCCUCAGCUACUACUUCCUGCACGUCAGGGCCGAGCUUGAGGCCACCGCCCAGCUGGCCUCCAGGGGCUUCGACCUGUACAAUGCUGCCAACCUCAAAAGCAUUGACUUCCACCGCAAGGCCGAAGAGAAGAGCCUGGCCCAGCUGAAAAGACAGAUGGAACGUAUCCGUGCCAAGCAGGAAAAGCAUAGGCAGGGCCGGGUGGGCCUUGGCCAAACCCAGGAGCCCCUAGAACCCGGCCAAGAGCCAGGGCCCAGCAGUCCAGGGGGCUCCUCCCCGCCACGGAGACAGUGGUGGCGGCCCUGGCUGGACCACGCCACAGUCAUCCACUCCGGGGACUAUUUCCUGUUCGAGUCUGACAGCGAGGAGGAGGAGGAGACCCAGACGGAGGACCCCAGGCCAUCGCCACAGAGUGCCUUCCAGAUGGCAUACCAGGCGUGGGUGACCAAUGCCCAGUCGGUGCUGAAGCAGCGGCGGCAGGAACAGGUGCGGGAGCAGGCACAGCAACUGCCUGUGGGAGGCGGACCAGAGGUGGAGUUAGCCGAGGGCCCAGAGGACGUGGUGGCAGGCCGCAGUCACAUGAUGCAGCGGGUGCUGAGCACCGUGCAGUUCCUGUGGGUGCUGGGACAGGCGCUGGUGGACGGGCUGACACACUGGCUGCACACCUUCACCCGACACCACAGCGCCAUGAGUGACGUGCUACGUGCCAAGCGCUACCUGCUCACGCAGAAGCUGCUCAGGAAUGGAGAGGUGCACCGGGGAGAAACGGACCAGCUGUACUCCAGUGAAGUCGAGGCCAUGCCAACAAGCCCCUCGGAGGCCCGCGAGGCACCCAGCACAGUGUCGAGUGGGCUGGGAGCCGAGGAGCCACUGAGCAGCACACCCGGGGAUGCCAGCAGCCCCCUGAGUACUGGCUACAAUACCCGCAGUGGCAGUGAGGAGAUAGUCACCGAGCCCGAGGCUUCCCUGCGCGGCUCCGGAGAGCUUCCCACCAGCACUGGAACCCGGCCACGCACGGCUAGUGAGCUCCUCCUCGACAGGUGCCUGCAAAUCCCGGAGCUGGAGGAGGCUAAGCGCUUCGAGGCUGGGCAGGGCCGAGCACUGCGGCUGCUGCAGGCCGUGUACCAGUGCGUGGCUGCCCACUCGGAGCUGCUCUGCUACUUCAUCAUCAUCCUUAACCACAUGGUCACUGCGUCCGCCGCCUCCCUUGUGCUGCCCGUGCUGGUCUUCCUGUGGGCCAUGCUGUCCAUCCCUCGGCCCAGCAAGCGCUUCUGGAUGACUGCCAUCGUCUUCACUGAGGUCACAGUCGUCACCAAGUACCUGUUCCAGUUUGGCUUCUUCCCCUGGAACAGCUACACAGUGCUUCGGCGCUAUGAGAACAAGCCCUACUUCCCACCACGCAUCCUGGGCCUGGAGAAGACCGACAGCUACAUCAAGUAUGACCUGGUACAGCUCAUGGCCCUCUUCUUCCACCGUUCCCAGCUGCUGUGCUACGGCCUCUGGGACCACGAGGAGGUCCCACUCUCCAGGGAGCAUGACGGGAGCCAUGAGAAGGAGAAGGAGAAGAAGCCUGAGGAGGAGGAGCCAGCCCUGCUGGGACUCCAGACCAAGGCGGGCACAGGGCCCCAGGAGGAGCCAGGGGUGGCUGCGGCUACCACCAAGGACGACAUCCAGGUGGACGCGAUGGAUGGGCCCCCAGAGCAGCCAGUGGAGCCCAAGCCCCGCAACAGGAGACGCAUCAGCCUGCGUUUCAGGAGGAGGAAGCAGAGCGCAGAAUCCAGACAACCAGCAGCCGUUGACACUGACGCCGAGGACGAGGAGGAGGCAGCAGCCGCCUCUCAGAGAGAGAAGAGGCGGAGCCGCCCCCGGGAAAGAGUCAAGGCUCUCGGGAUCCAGCUGCAGACCUUCUGCCUGUCCCUGGCCCAGAGCAUAUACCAGCCUCUGCGGUGUUUCUUCCACGACAUCCUGCACACCAAGUACCGCGCAGCCACCGACGUGUACGCCUUCAUGUUCCUGGCUGACGUUGUCGACUUCAUCAUCAUCAUCUUUGGCUUCUGGGCCUUUGGGAAGCACUCGGCGGCCACGGACAUCACAUCCUCCCUGUCGGACGACCAGGUGCCUGAGGCCUUCCUGGUUAUGCUGCUGAUCCAGUUCAGCACCAUGGUCGUCGACCGUGCCCUCUACCUGCGCAAGACCGUGCUGGGCAAGCUGGCCUUCCAGGUCGUGCUGGUGCUGGCCAUACACCUCUGGAUGUUCUUCAUCCUGCCUGCUGUCACCGAGAGGAUGUUCAGCCAGAACGCAGUGGCCCAGCUGUGGUACUUCGUGAAGUGCAUCUACUUCGCCCUGUCUGCCUACCAGAUCCGCUGUGGCUAUCCCACCCGCAUCCUCGGCAACUUCCUCACCAAGAAGUACAACCACCUUAACCUCUUCCUCUUCCAGGGGUUCCGACUGGUACCGUUCCUGGUAGAGCUGCGGGCCGUGAUGGACUGGGUGUGGACGGACACCACGCUGUCCCUGUCCAACUGGAUGUGCGUGGAGGACAUCUAUGCCAACAUCUUCAUCAUCAAGUGCAGCCGAGAGACAGAAAAGAACUACCCGCAGCCCAAGGGGCAGAAGAAGAAGAAGAUUGUUAAGUAUGGCAUGGGCGGCCUCAUCAUCCUUUUCCUCGUGGGCAUCAUCUGGUUCCCGCUGCUUUUCAUGUCCCUGGUGCGUUCUGUUGUCGGCGUGGUCAACCAGCCCAUCGACGUCACCGUCACCCUCAAGCUGGGUGGCUACGAGCCCCUGUUCACCAUGAGUGCCCAGCAGCCGUCCAUCGUGCCCUUCACACAACAGACCUACGAGGAGCUGUCCAGACAGUUUGAACCCCACCCGUUGGCCAUGCAGUUCAUCAGCCAGUACAGCCCCGAGGACAUUGUCACAGCGCAGAUCGAGGGCAGCUCCGGAGCGCUGUGGCGUAUCAGCCCGCCAAGCCGAGCCCAGAUGAAGCGGGAGCUGUACAACGGCACUGCCGACAUCACCCUGCGCUUCACCUGGAACUUCCAGAGGGACCUGGCCAAGGGCGGCACUGUGGAGUACACCAAUGAGAAGCAUACCCUGGACCUGGCCCCCAACAGCACUGAGCGGCGGCAGCUGGCCAGCCUUCUGGAUGGCACCUCGGACCAGUCAGUGGUCAUUCCCAACCUCUUCCCCAAGUACAUCCGUGCUCCCAAUGGGCCUGAAGCCAACCCCGUGAAGCAGCUGCAGCCCAAUGAGGAGGACGACUACCUUGGCGUGCGCAUCCAGCUGCGGAGGGAGCGUGUGGGCUCGGGGGCUGCCGGCUUCCUUGAGUGGUGGGUCAUCGAGCUGCAGGACUGCCAGGCUGACUGCAACCUGCUUCCCAUGGUCAUCUUCAGCGACAAGGUCAGCCCACCCAGCCUGGGCUUUCUGGCCGGCUACGGAAUCAUGGGACUCUACGUGUCCAUCGUGCUGGUCAUUGGCAAGUUUGUGCGCGGCUUCUUCAGCGAGAUCUCACACUCCAUCAUGUUCGAGGAGCUGCCAUGUGUGGACCGCAUCCUCAAGCUCUGCCAGGACAUCUUCCUGGUGCGGGAGACACGGGAGCUGGAGCUGGAAGAGGAGCUCUACGCCAAACUCAUCUUCCUGUACCGCUCGCCGGAGACCAUGAUCAAGUGGACGCGCGAGAAGGAGUAGGGCCGGGCUCCUUGUGCACCGUGAACCAAGGCGCCGGCCCGGCAGUCAGCAGGGCGGUGCUCCUCGGGCCGUGGGAGCAGAUACCCCAGUCCAAGGCCACCAGCUGUGACACGUCCUCCCAGCCCACUGAGCCCUGAUGCUGCUUUCAGAAGGAAGCUGUUGCCG